CAACUUCUAGAGCAGUACUCGGAGAUGCUUUUGCGCCGGAGAAAUCCCCAAUUCCGAUUGCUCCAAACCUCGACGUUGCCCUUUUUCCUCCUCCAUCAUCCUCACAUUUCGUCUCGCUUCUUCCUCCCAUGCAGUCACAGUCGGUGCUUCCGAGUGAGAACGCUUGAGCGAUACCGAGCGUGAUUGACAGAUCGCGAGGGUGAAGGAUGCCGUGCCAACCAUGUCGGCCCUCACUUUCGCUACUGCCCAUCCUCCCACUGCCACGAAAGCUGUGAUUCUGCUGCUGUUUGGUGACCCUUCCCUCUCCUCUCCUUCCCCCUCCUCCCCGUCCAUUCCUCCUCUUCCUUUCUUCGCCCCUCUGUGCCCUAGCUCGCGCUUCACGGGCUUUGCCUGCUCUCGUCGCCCCUUCUCCCAUUAUUUCAUGUCCCGUUCCCGCGCGAAGUUCUUCCCCUAUGCUCAUGAACAUCACAGCCAUCCUCCUAGGAGGCUCCCACUUUCCCCCGCUUUGACCCAUGGGGUAGACGUCUCCGUGCUGGGAAGCUGGGCAGAUGACGAAGGCGGAGUGAUGUGGGAUGCCCACGCCAUUGCUCAUGCUGUACAUGGGAAAGUUCUGGCAGAAGGUGGCGCAGGAAGCAUCUGCACUGACACUCGCACCAUGCGUGCCGGGCAGUGGUUUUUAGCUCUCACGGGUCACAAUUUUGAUGGCCAUUCUUUUCUUUACCAAGCUUGUGAGAAGCAAUGUGCGGGUGUGGUGGCCAAUUGGGUGCCUCACGGCUGGUCUCGAGGAUUUGUGCAGGUGGAAGGUGAUACCCUCGAUGCCUUGCAGGCACUGGCCUCGGAUGUGCGGGCCCGGUUUUGGGGGCCUGUUGUGGGCCUCACAGGCAGCGUGGGAAAGACCACGGCGCGCGCCAUGACCACUCUUGCAUUGCAAGGAUUGAAUGGACAUGUGCACCAAGCUCCGGGAAAUUUCAAUAAUGAUAUUGGCGUUGCUCUGACGCUGCUGCGCCUGAACUCGCGCUCCGUUGCAUGCGUUUUGGAGCUUGGCAUGAAUCAUGCAGGAGAGAUUCUAGAGUUGGCGAACACCGCGAAGCCUGAUGUGAGGGUCCUUUUGAACGUAGGACCAGCGCACAUGGAAAACUUUCCCGGGGGCUUGGAGGAGGUGGCAGCUGCGAAAGGGGAGAUAUUCCGAAACGCUCGUCCUGGAGAUCUAUGUAUCGUGAAUGCAGACGACCCGCUCGCCAUGGCUGUACCCCUUCCUGCAGGUGUUCGAGUGGUUCGAUUUGGACGGAAAGAGGGAUCGGACAUGCGGUUAGUUGCUGCCAAAACCAUUAAUCGAGGAUUUGGCAUAAGCGUUAUUUUAGAACACGUUGCCAGGUAUGCCAGAUAUGCCAAUUCUUUGGUUUCGGACGAUCCAGUCAGGAAUCCGAACGAAACAGUGACUCGGACCAGAGUAGAGUUUGAGAUACCCAGCCCUGGACUUCACUUGGCGAUCAAUGCAUGUGCAGCUGCAGCUGUGGCCACAAAUCUGGGUGUCCCUUUGGAGUCUGUUGCUCGUUCGUUGUCCAUGUUUCAACCAAUUGAUAUGAGAUGUCAAGUGGAAGCUGUUGGUCCUGCAAGUCAUGUUCAAAUCCUGGUCAUCAACGAUUGCUACAAUGCCAAUCCAAUGAGUGUGGAAGCUUCCCUUCAGCUGUUGCAAUCUGUGAAGUCCAAUAGACGUAUAGCAUUGCUGGGGGACAUGUUCGAGUUGGGUGAAAUCUCCCUGAGCUCUCACAAGGGGAUCCUGCAACUGUGCGUUGAUUUCAAGCUGGACUUGGUGAUUGUAGUAGGUACCUGUUUUUCGGAAGCCGCAGAGUACUUCAAAGGGAGGGAUAUCAUAGCAUUUCGGAAUACCUCGUCCUUGACCAACCAUCUCGCAAGAUUUAUUAGUCCUGGUGAUUCUGUGCUUGUGAAGGGGAGCCGAGGAAUGCGGAUGGAAGUCCUUGUGGAAGCCAUCAAGAGCUGUGCUGAAUCAUGGCAGUCUACAGAGCAUUCCCAGGCUUAGAAUCAUGGCUGUCCUGUUUUAUAAGCCACCGUCAGGAGUCUCGACUUCGCAACGGUCUGGGUCAUGGGGAAGUGGAGAAACGAAAUAAAACUCUAUAGCUCAGUAACAGGAGAUGGCUUUUCUGAGGGGCAGUUUAGGAGCAGCUCAGGGCCCUCUUCAAGCUUCGAGGUUGUUUAUUGUCAAAGUCAGACUAUGUUCAAUUUGCCAAACGGUACAGGGGUUGGUCUACUUUCUUGCUAAACACCCGCCGCGUGUAGACGCAGAAUUAGCAAGGAUAUUUUUUCACAAUCAGAGCAGUUCCAUUAGUUGAACUUCGAAUCGAUUAUCAUGUGCUUCGUCUACUCUUGCCUCUGUAUCUCAGUACUAUCAGGGAGCUUUUUGGUAGCUCAUUCAUAUCUCACUCACUAUACAUUACACGGAAAGGUUUUCAUCCUUUUCACAUGAGAAGUGUCAUCUUACAAGUACGUAUGCUUGAUACCAGUAAAGAUGAACAUCUGUUUUUUGUCGUAA